AAUGAUGAAAGGCAGCGACAAGCUAAUGAAGCUUAAGUCUCUUCUCAAGAAACUAAACUCAUUCAACAACAAGCAAAGCCGCCCUACAUCAAGCUCGGUAGCGGCGGCUUCCGAUAUUGACAAGGAAUCAUCGGCAAAUCUCCAGCCUGUCUACGUGGGAAAAUCCCGAAGGCAGUACCUUAUUAGCCCUGACAUUAUCAAAAGCCCUUUGUUCCCUGAGCUCGCGGGGCGGUCGACUGGCAAAAACGACACCAUCAUCAUUGUGUCAUGCAAGGUUGUCUUGUUUGAACACUUGAUUUGGAUGCUCGAAAAUGCCGAUCCUCAGGCCGUGAUCUUGGAGAAACUUGUCGAGUUUUACGCUAAUGGAGACCAAACGUAA